AUAAGACUGCAUUCACUGAAACCAAAGCAACAGUCCAAGCAGCUUUCAGAAUGACAGUCUGCAGAAGUGAGCUGAGCGUGUGUGCGGUGCGGGGCUCAACUGCUUUCUGGGCUCCGACGCAGCUCUGUGGCUGAACUGGGUGCUCGCCACCAGAAAUGCUGGGCUAUGGAAUACAGAUGUGGCAGCUCAGGUAGCCCCACGUUGCCUGGAGGAAUACAUCAUGCUUUCCGAUAAGAAGAAAUUGUAGAAGCCAGUUCUUUUUUUUAACGCCCCCCCCCACCAAAAAAACUGUAAAGAUGCAAAAACGUAAUAUCCAUGAAGAUCCUAUUACCUAGGAAGAUUUUGAUGUUUUGCUGCGAAUGUGGUGUUGGAAUUUAUUUGUUCUUGGAGUGUUCUGCGUGGCUGGCAAAGAAUAAUGUUCCAAAAUCGGUCCAUCUCCCAAAGGGUCCAAUUUUUCUUCCUGGGUGUCAGCAAGCCCUGACUCACUACAGUGCAGCUGACAGGGGCUGUCAUGCAAGUGGCCCCCUAAGCCAAAGUGAAAGACCCAAGGACGACCUUUGAACAAUACAAAGGAUGGGUUUCAAUGUAAUUAGGCUACUGAGCGGAUCAGCUGUAGCACUGGUUAUAGCCCCCACUGUCUUACUGACAAUGCUUUCUUCUGCCGAACGAGGAUGCCCUAAGGGCUGUAGGUGUGAAGGCAAAAUGGUAUAUUGUGAAUCUCAGAAAUUACAGGAGAUACCCUCAAGUAUAUCUGCUGGUUGCUUAGGUUUGUCCCUUCGCUAUAACAGCCUUCAGAAACUUAAGUACAAUCAAUUUAAAGGGCUCAACCAGCUCACCUGGCUGUACCUUGACCAUAACCAUAUCAGCAAUAUUGAUGAGAAUGCUUUUAAUGGAAUACGCAGACUCAAAGAGUUGAUUCUGAGUUCCAACAGAAUCUCCUAUUUUCUCAACAAUACCUUCAGACCUGUGACAAAUUUACGGAACUUGGACCUGUCCUAUAAUCAGUUGCAUUCUCUGGGAUCUGAACAGUUUCGGGGCUUACGAAAGCUGCUGAGUUUACAUUUAAGGUCUAACUCCCUGAGAACCAUCCCUGUGCGAAUAUUUCAGGACUGCCGCAACCUGGAACUUUUGGACCUGGGAUAUAACCGGAUCCGAAGUUUAGCCAGGAAUGUCUUUGCUGGCAUGAUUAGACUCAAAGAACUUCACUUGGAGCACAAUCAAUUUUCUAAGCUCAACCUGGCUCUUUUUCCAAGGUUGGUGAGCCUUCAGAAUCUUUACUUGCAGUGGAAUAAAAUCAGUGUCAUAGGACAGACCAUGUCCUGGACCUGGAGCUCAUUACAAAGACUUGAUUUAUCAGGCAACGAGAUCGAAGCUUUUAGUGGACCUAGUGUUUUCCAGUGUGUCCCGAAUCUGCAGCGCCUCAACCUGGAUUCCAACAAGCUCACAUUUAUUGGUCAAGAGAUUCUGGAUUCUUGGAUAUCCCUCAAUGACAUCAGUCUUGCUGGGAAUAUAUGGGAAUGCAGCAGAAAUAUUUGUUCCCUGGUAAACUGGCUGAAAAGUUUUAAAGGUCUGAGGGAGAAUACAAUUAUCUGUGCCAGUCCCAAAGAGCUGCAAGGAGUGAAUGUGAUCGAUGCAGUGAAGAACUACAGCAUCUGUGGCAAAAGUACCACGGAGAGAUUUGAUUUGGCCAGGGCUCUCCCAAAGCCCACAUUCAAGCCCAAGCUCCCCAGGCCGAAGCAUGAGAGCAAACCCCCCCUACCCCCCACAGUGGGAGCCACGGAGCCCAGCCCUGAGACCGAUGUUGACACUGAGCAUAUCUCUUUCCACAAAAUCAUCGCAGGGAGCGUGGCCCUUUUCCUGUCCGUGCUCGUCAUCCUGCUUGUUAUCUACGUGUCAUGGAAGCGGUACCCUGCCAGCAUGAAGCAGCUGCAGCAGCGCUCCCUCAUGCGAAGGCACAGGAAAAAGAAAAGACAGUCCCUAAAGCAAAUGACUCCCAGCACCCAGGAAUUUUAUGUAGAUUAUAAACCCACCAACACGGAGACCAGCGAGAUGCUGCUGAAUGGGACGGGACCCUGCACCUUUAACAAAUCAGGCUCCAGGGAGUGUGAGAUACCUUUAUCAAUGAAUGUGUCAACCUUUCUGGCAUACGACCAGCCCACAAUAAGUUACUGUGGGGUGCAUCAUGAACUUCUCUCUCAUAAGUCCUUUGAAACGAAUGCACAGGAAGAUACGAUGGAAACACACCUAGAGACUGAGCUGGACCUGAGCACAAUCACAACAGCUGGCCGAAUCAGUGAUCAUAAACAGCAGCUGGCUUAACUGAGCUAAUCGGUAGCCAAGGGUUGCCUCCAAACUUUGUAACCUCAAGGACAAAAUGAGGAAGAUUUGUUCAUUGUGGACUCUAAAAACAAAACAAAAUAAAAAAUCCCCUGUCAAAAUAAACAAAAAUCCAAGAUUGAUUCAUGAAAUAAAGAAGACAUGAAUUGUUUCAAGUCUACACUUUGUAAUUAGCUAAGUUGUGCAGUAUUUUUUUUUGACUUAAACAGAGUCUGACCCUGAAAAAAAAAAUCUUUUUUUCCAAAACUCAUCCUACCUACUUGUAAAACUGUACAGAGCUAAUGUAUUUUUCAUAUUGUAAAAUCUCAAUUAUAGAAACAACUGGUAUGUACAGUACCAUAAUUUAAUUACAUUUUACUUUACAAACUUUACAUUUUUCAGUUUCUAAAAUUUUAAAUUAACAAAAAUUAUUUCUUGUGUUAUUCAGAGUUACUCAGUUUUGUAGGGACUGCUUUGUUACUGCUUUUGUGCCCAGAAACCUUGACUCUAAAAUUCUGUGCUGUGAGAAACAUGCACGAUUUUUAUCAUGCUUACUGCGUAGAAUUUUAUCUACUUGUUCCAGAAAUAAUACAUUAACCAAAAAGGGUUUAAUUGUUGAGACUUGUAAGAAGUUCUUCAAUUACAUAGACAGGCUUUUUUUAAAAUGAAAAAAAAAAAAAUCAAAGUUUUUUUUAACACUUCUUCAUAGACUUAACUGUUGCCUUGAAUUACAGCCUAGUUUCUAAGCAGUGAAAUGUAAUGAUAAAGAGGGAUAUUUUAACAAAAUAUUUCCGAAUGAAUGACUCAUUAUUUCAUUCUUUUGAGUAACCCAUUGUUAAGGGUGGGCGGGGGGAAGCAUGGACAAAACAUCACUGGAAACAAAGGCCGUAACCACAGCAACAGACUUUGAUACACUUAAAAGGUGCAGCUGCCAGUGACAAAAACUUGGUACAUGUCAUAAUUUUCAGGCCAAGGUGGGAGGAUAGAGCAUAAUUGUACAGUAGCAAUUUUUCUCCUAAUUAACUCAAAGUGGUUUACCUAAAAAUAACUAUCAGUCAGUGCAAAAUGUGCCUGGAUUUUAAGACAACUUCUCAUUUAGAAAUGCGAGGCUAUAUUUUGAGAGCAUUUCAAAUGGAAUAUACAAAUUUUUAUCUCUGUGUGCCACAUCAGUUCUCUCCUCAGGAAGAAGCAGUCAAUAUAGAAAUGAGCCCUGGUGGAGAGCUUUAUCAUUCAAGCAGACUGUAAACAUGCUAAUAUGUUCCAAAUUGUUUAUAUUGCCAUCCAUAAAUUAUCCAAAAAAUAACCCAGAGUAAUUUGAAACCACCCCAGGUUAUAUAUUGAUUAUACAAUUGCAUUAAAAAGUUAAUUCAAAUCAAAUUAUGAAUACCUACCUGACUUUUCAGAAGCUGAAAUAAUCAACUUGUUUCUUUUGUUUUCUUGACACGGGUUACUGUUUGAAAAUAUUACUAUUUUAUCUAUGGCAUUUGCACAUUCUGCUGUGUGUUUUUUAAUAUAAAACUACAAGUUUCGGUUGCUGUUGAACUAGAAAAAGUCCUUUUCUAUGUUGUCAUUUUAUAUUUAUGACAUCAAAAAGAGGUUCAGUAUAGUCAAUCUAACAUUAUGGGUCAAUCAAAAAUUAUGAUGAAAACAAAUUGUCAAAAUUAGUGUUGAAUGUUUAAUAUUUCUAUUUCUUCUCAAGAAAUUACAUCUACAAAAAGUCCAGUUUUAUCAUGGCAAAUUUAAGACUAGCAUCAAGAAGAAGGAACUUAAAAAAAAUAGAGAGAAAUUUUUGUUGAGAAUAUAGUCAGAAAGAAAAAAAAUGUUGAAAGAAGCAAACUCUUACUAAUUUAAAUGAAACUAAAUGUCACAUUAUUUGUAUCAACUAGCAUCUCAGAUUUUGUAACAUAUUUUGAUAAAUUAUUUGAUAUUCAAAAA